CUUUGGUUCAUGAUAAACCGACUAAAAAGGUAAUAUGAAGCUUGUAGUGAAAGUGGUAGGAGGUUACAAUGCAAACCCAAACAAAAAAAAAAUUAAAAAGAGAAGCGUCCUUUAACUUUGGCUGUAGAAGUUUAGCAUUGGAAACCAGACCUUUCAUAACAGUCUGUACUCGACUCUUGCAUUUUCCUUUUUCCAACCUCAAAGGUCCAAAGUUCCUCGAAAUGACUAUAAAGAUUAUAUAACAAAAGCGAAAAAGUUCAAGCUUUUGUUGUAUGCAGAGGGGAACCAAAUAUAUGUACUUGCUCUUCUUUCAUAUUUCCACUACUAACAUUAGUUACUACUUUUUUCUCAGGAAGUAGUGGUGGAAAAAGAAACUACUUCAAGUAUUACUUUUCUUCUAAGCUUGAAUUCUCAUUGCUCUUUCAGUAGCUAACUUAUUGAACAGGCUUUUUCUUCCUCACCACAAUGAGUUCACCGGCUGCUGCAAGUCGUGCGGAGGACUAUAAGCUAAAGGACACCAAACCACAGCUGGGGGAACGAUGGCCUCAUGGAGGACUGCGUGGAGGAGGCGGGUGGAUAAGCAGCGAGAGAGCUACUAGCACUUAUGAUCUCGUUGAGCAGAUGUUCUAUCUCUAUGUUCGAGUGGUGAAAGCCAAAGAUCUACCCACAAACCCUGUAACAGGAAACUGCGAUCCCUACGUUGAAGUCAAGGUUGGAAACUACAAGGGCAAAACAAGACACUUCGAGAAGAAAACAAACCCUUUAUGGAACCAGGUUUUUGCUUUCUCAAAAGAAAAAAUUCAAUCCUCAGCUGUCGAAGUUUUUGUUCGAGACAAAGAAAUGGUGGCCAGAGAUGAUUACAUAGGGAAGGUCGUCUUUGACAUGCAUGAAGUACCCACCAGAGUCCCACCAGACAGCCCUUUGGCUCCUCAGUGGUACAGAUUAGAGCACCGCCAUAGGGAGAUCAAAGUUAGAGGAGAGGUAAUGUUAGCAGUCUGGAUGGGAACACAAGCUGACGAAGCUUUCCCUGAGUCAUGGCACUCGGACGCAGCCUCAGUUCAUGGUGAAGCAGUUUACAACAUUCGAUCAAAAGUUUACGUCUCACCAAAACUAUGGUACCUAAGGGUCAACGUCAUUGAAGCUCAGGAUGUUGAGCCACGAGACAGAAGUCAACCACCCCAAGCUUUUGUUAAAGCCCAAGUGGGAAACCAAAUUCUGAAGACAAAGCUCUCCCAAACCAGAACCACAAACCCAAUGUGGAAUGAAGAUUUGCUCUUUGUUGCAGCUGAGCCAUUUGAAGAGCACCUAGUACUCACAGUAGAAAACAAAGUAACCUCUGCUAAAGACGAAGUAAUGGGACAAACUACUAUAACUCUAGACAGCUUCGAGCGAAGAUUGGAUCACCGGCCAGUCCAUUCUCAUUGGUUUAACCUGGAAAGGUUUGGCUUUGGAGUAAUUGAAGCAGAUAAAAGGCAUGAGCUUAAAUUCUCAAGCAGACUUCAUCUCAGAGUGUGCCUAGAAGGAGCCUACCAUGUGCUAGACGAGUCAACAAUGUACAUAAGCGAUGUUAGACCAACAGCUCGGCAGCUAUGGAAGCAACCAAUUGGGAUUCUCGAAGUGGGCAUUUUGAGCGCUCAAGGACUUCUCCAAAUGAAAACCAAAGACGGCAAAGGAACUACGGAUGCCUAUUGUGUAGCCAAAUAUGGCCAAAAAUGGGUCCGAACCAGAACAAUCACUGAAAGUUUCAAUCCCAAAUGGAAUGAACAAUACACUUGGGAGGUUUAUGAUCCUUGUACUGUCAUCACCAUUGGGGUAUUCGACAAUUGCCAUCUUGGUGGAAACGACAAACUGGCUGAUGCAAGAAUCGGGAAAGUAAGAAUUCGACUUUCAACUCUUGAAAUGGAUCGAAUUUAUACCAACUCUUAUCCACUUCUGGUUCUGCAACCAUCUGGUUUGAAGAAAAUGGGUGAGCUUCAAUUGGCCGUUAGAUUCACAUGUCUCUCAUUGGCCAACAUAAUCUAUUUAUACGGACACCCUUUAUUGCCCAAAAUGCAUUACCUUCAUCCAUUUACAGUGAAUCAAUUGGAUAGUCUGAGAUAUCAGGCCAUGACCAUUGUGGCAGUGAGACUUGGCCGAGCUGAGCCACCAUUGAGGAAAGAGGUAGUGGAGUACAUGUUAGAUGUGGAUUCACACAUGUGGAGUAUGAGAAGAAGCAAGGCCAACUUCUUCAGAAUUGUUUCGUUUUUCUCUGGUGCUAUCUCCAUGAGUAAAUGGCUUGGCGAGGUUUGUCAAUGGCGUAACCCAGUGACAACUAUUCUGGUUCAUAUCUUGUUCUUCAUAUUGAUUUGUUACCCAGAGUUGAUUCUUCCCACCAUGUUUCUUUACAUGUUUCUGAUCGGAAUAUGGAACUUCCGGUGCCGGCCAAGGCAUCCUCCUCACAUGGAUACCAAGCUUUCAUGGGCAGAAGCUGUUCAUCCAGACGAACUUGAUGAGGAAUUUGAUACCUUCCCAACUUCCAAGCAACAAGAUGUCGCUCGGAUGAGAUACGACAGGCUAAGAAGUGUGGCUGGGAGGAUUCAGACUGUGGUGGGAGAUAUUGCAACUCAGGGGGAGAGGUUUCAGUCUCUGCUUAGUUGGAGAGAUCCAAGGGCCACCAGUCUGUACAUAAUCUUCUGUUUGAUCAUAGCCAUUAUUCUUUAUGUGACACCAUUUCAGAUGAUUGCUCUGGUUGCUGGGAUAUUUUGGCUUCGUCAUCCUAGAUUUCGAAGUAAGUUGCCUUCAGUCCCGAGCAACUUCUUCAGAAGACUGCCAUCUCGUGCUGAUAGCAUGCUCUGAGAUCGGCUCAAAAUUAAUUGUUUUAGCCGAGUUUAACUCUGGCUUUUUUAUUUGUUUUUUAUUUUUCCUCUAGUAUUUUGUUUUUUUGGUUGGUGUGUAUGAGAAUAAAAAGCUCUAGAAAUAAUUGUAAUGAACCAUGUUUAUCAUCUAUGGAGUUGGAUUGAUCA